CCACAGUGCUGUGGGUUCAAAAGAAAUUGCCUUUGCCUUGGUGUGUACUGAUGCCCUGCCAUGGCAGUUGAUGGGCAAUGCCGUCUGACCUGAUUGGGUUGAAGGAAGGCGAAAAAGAUGACACUCCCGACAAAUGUGUUGGACUUGGUCAAGGAGUUGGUGGAAAUCUUGCCAGGAGCUGUUUGGGCCUACAAACUACCACCAAGGAUACCAGAGGAGGUGCAGCAGGUGCCAAGGAGGAGAAGAAAACCGAGGCUUUGAUCUCUGAGAGGCAAAUCGCUGAGUUCUCCCCUGCCAGCCCACGUUCAGCCCUCACAGGUGCCAUGUUGAGCUACUCUGAGCCCAAGGGGAUGUGGUUCAGUCUGCUCUUGAACGACAUGGGUCCUGUUCCCUCUGAAGACCUGGAGAAGGUCUCCACUCAUCGGUGGACCUUCCAGGGCGCCUCCGAGUUGGCCACGCAGGGGAAGAGCAUUUGCUACUUCAUCCUGUGCUUGCUUGAAAUCCAAAGGAACAUCCAGCUGGACCAGGACGAGGUGCUCAAUGCCAGCCUUCUUGAAGCAUGUAAAACUUUUGUCCGGUGUCAAUGCAGAGAAGGUAAGACCAGCGAGAUGUACCAGGUUCUGACACACUUCAUCAGUAAUUCUCACGUGUUCUUUGAAUGGGAAAAGUUCCUCCUCGACAUUUUCCAAGAUUCACGUGCGCACCAAGAGCGUUUCAUCGUCAUGCACUUGGAGCAAGUGUGGUCCAGAUACAAAAGACUGACAAACAUUUUGGAGAGCAUGUUCGAUUAUUUGGACGACACCUUCGCAUGGCGCCAUCGUUUACCCAAGGUGGGUGAACUGCUUCGAGAUCACAUGAAGAGGAGGUGUUUUUCCUCUCCGCUGGUCACCAAGAAUGAGCUCUUUACCUCACAGGCAGUACGAGAUGAGACCCUGAAACAGGUGAGAUUCGCCAUGGGUUUUGUGCUGUAGACCGUAGAGGGAACGGAGGGACACCGCAGCUGGCCAAGCCACUGUGAGCAACGUUCGGAAGCCGGAA